AUGAUUUAUCUUAUUCUUUUCUCCACCAUUAUUCCAAUGAGCUUGCGAGUGAACCUUGACAUGGCCAAAACAGUUUACGGACGGUUUAUAGAGAGGGACAAGGGAAUACCUGGAACAAUUGUACGAACAAGUACAAUCCCGGAGGACCUCGGAAGAAUUGAGUACCUCUUAUCUGAUAAAACUGGUACUUUGACUCAAAACGAGAUGGAACUGAAAAAGAUUCACGUUGGUACAGUGUCGUACGCUAACGAAGCAAUGGAGGAGGUUGCAUCGUUUGUUCGACAGGGAUUUUCGGCCUCUUCAUCAGCUAGUGGAAAUGAAUUGUUACCAUUUACCAAUGCAUCGACACAGCCAAGCUCUGGGCCGGCAACCAGAACAAGACGUGAAAUCAGUUUGCGUGUUAGGGACUUGAUCCUUGCGCUUGCACUGUGCCACAAUGUCACACCGACAAAAGAAGAAGAAAACGGUGAAAUCGUAACAACUUACCAAGCUUCAUCCCCUGAUGAGAUUGCCAUUGUUAAAUAUACAGAGGAAGUGGGACUUAAGUUGUCUCAUCGAGACAGGCAGUCCAUCAUUCUUACUGUUGGUGACUCUGGCAUAUCUAUUAAAGCCAGGAUUUUGGAUAUUUUCCCAUUUACAUCAGAAAGCAAAAGAAUGGGAAUUAUAGUCCAGUUUUCAACGGAUCAUUAUCAAGGCUGCCCAACACAACUACAGAACGAACUCUGGUUUUUCCAGAAAGGUGCUGAUACCGUGAUGUCGUCGAUUGUGUCAGCAAAUGACUGGCUUGACGAAGAAACCGCCAACAUGGCACGAGAAGGAUUACGAACAUUGGUAAUUGGAAGAAAGAAACUCACCUCUGAACAUUAUGGUGAAUUUUCUAAGAGUUACAAAGAAGCUUCAAUGUCUCUCAAUGACAGAGACAGUCUAAUGGCAAGUGUGGCUCGAGAUUAUCUUGAACAAGAUCUCGAGCUGUUAGGUGUCACUGGCGUUGAAGACAAGCUACAGAAGGAUGUAAAACCCUCACUGGAAUUGCUUAGGAAUGCAGGCAUUAAAAUUUGGAUGCUUACUGGGGACAAGGUUGAAACAGCCCGUUGUGUUGCUGUAUCCUCUAAGCUCGUCUCUCGUGGUCAAGUUAUCAACACAGUCACGAAACUUAAGGAUAUGGACGCGGCAAAUGAGGCCUUGGAUUUCCUCCGCAAUAAAGCUGAGUCCUGCCUUCUAAUUGACGGGGAGUCCCUUGGCCUCAUGCUUUCUCAAUUCCGGAUACCCUUUAUAACUCUUGCUGUACGCCUUCCUGCAGUCAUUGCCUGCCGAUGCUCUCCAAUUCAAAAGGCCGAGAUAGCGACUUUGAUCAGGCAACAUACCAAGAAACGCAUUUGCUGCAUAGGGGACGGCGGCAAUGAUGUAUCUAUGAUCCAGGCCGCCGAUAUUGGAAUCGGAAUUGUUGGGAAAGAGGGCAGACAAGCUUCCCUUGCAGCUGAUUUUAGCAUCACGCACUUCCACCAUCUUACCAAGCUUCUAUUCUGGCACGGGCGUAACUCUUACAAGAGAUCUGCUAAGCUAGCUCAAUUCGUCAUGCAUCGUGGUUUGAUAAUAAGUGCCUGUCAAACUAUGUUCAGCAUUGCAAGCCACUUUGACCCCAAGGGCUUGUUUAUUAACUGGCUACUUGUGGGCUAUGCGACAAUAUAUACUAAUGCUCCUGUGUUUUCACUUGUUCUUGACCGUGAUGUCGACGAAGGUCUAGCAAAUCUAUACCCUGAGUUGUAUAAAGAGUUGAAAUCCGGGAAAAGUCUCAGCUACAAAUCGUUCUUCACCUGGGUUCUUGUCUCUGUCUACCAGGGCGCAGUCAUAGAAGGUCUCGCCCAAAUUCUCGUCGGUGAAAUCACUGGCCCUCGGCUGGUCAGCGUCUCAUUCACUGCUCUGGUAUUGAAUGAACUCAUUAUGGUUGCUGUUUCUAUUACCACAUGGCAUCCAGUUAUGAUAAUGUGCAUUGUAGGCACCGCCAUAGUCUACGGUGCUUCUGUCCCAUUCCUUGGUGACUACUACGAUCUUGCAUAUGUUGUUACAUGGGGAUGGGCCUGGAAAGUAUCUGCUAUCUGUGCUGUUUCGCUUAUACCAGUCUGGGCUGUGAAAUUGAUUAGCCGUACUUGGAGCCCACCAAGCUAUCGCAAAGUCCGCGGCUGA